AGGAUUGAGGGCAUCCUCCCAGAGAACGAGGUAUGCCGCCAUGCCGCACAACGACGACAGGCAAAAGAAGCGACGCCAUCUCCCCACCGUCUGCAAGCGAUGGCGGUGGCCGUGCCGACAGCUCAAGGCAACGUACAAGGACACAAUCACGCCAACGACCACCAUCAUCCCGGCCAUCCCCUUCCACCCCCUUCCGCCCCUCCCUCUUGCUGACGUCUUCCCUCCUGCUGCUGUCGUCAUUUUGCCAAGCGAAGACUCGUGACGAGUGGGUGGAUUCUCGCCGUGUGAUUUAUCAGGUGGUGACGGACCGCUUUGCCCUUGAGGGCGGGCAGCAGGGUACGAAGCAGGGGACGUGUUGGAAGGACGGCUGCGAGAACGGGGGCUACUGCGGCGGCACUUGGGCGGGGCUGCGGGAGCAGCUGGGGUACAUCAAGGGCAUGGGGUUCAACGCCAUAUGGAUUUCCCCACACGUCCAAAACACCAAAUGCGGCUACCAUGGUGAGCGAGGGGGACGGACGGCCUGGUGAGCACAAAGUAGGGAGGCUGUGUGUGUGUGUGUGUUGUCGGCGUGUGUCAGGGUUUUGGCCGAAGAAUUUCGCCGAGUUGAAUGAGCAUUUUGGGACGGAAGAUGAACUGUACGCUCUGGUCAAGCGCGCCCACGACCUCGACAUAUGGAUCGUCAUGGACACAGGCAAGCGUGUGCAUCAACGAGCCAACCAAAACAUGAUGGCCGACAGCGCGUGUGUCUAUCAUGACAUGGCAGUGUUGAACCACAUGAGCAUGGAGGAGCCAAUCGAGAACUUGUGGCCCUUCAACGACACCGUCUACUACCGCGAGCACUGUCCCAUGGACUACAACGACCGAUACGCCGUCCGCCACUGCUGGCUCAUGGGGCUCCCUGACCUCAAUGACGACAUAUACGCCGUCCGGUAGGCCUCUGUGCGCGCGUGAAAGUGACCGAAACUCACUCCUCCCGACCCACCCCUGUGUGUAUUACCUCCCUGGCACGUGUGCAGGAAGUAUCUGAUAGACUGGGCGGAGCACCAGGUGCUCAAAUACGAGUUUGACGGGUACCGGAUGGACGCCAUCGUGCACCUGCAGUACGACACGCUGGCCGAGGUGUGGGAGCGGCUGUCCAACCACACAUUCACCAUCGGGGAGGCCUUCAUGCCGCUGGUCAAGGACAUGGCCUGGUACCAAUUCAACAAGUGGAAGCAACGGCAGCUCAUGGAUGGGGUCAGUCAGUGAGUGAAUGGCUGGUGUGGUGGAUGGAUCGCCGUCCAUCCAUCCACUGUGGGUGUGAGUUGGGUUGGGGUGGUCUUCAGGUGACGAACUACCCGAUGGCCAUUCAGCUGCGGAAGAGCUUCGGGCAGAAGGAGAGCCUCUAUGGCGUCAAGUGGAUCUGGGGAGAGCUCAUGAAGGAAGUCAGGUACGCACACACGCAGACCAGACCCACACACACCUGCACCGUCCACCCGCCCCACCCAGCGACCGCCAUCCCUUCACCUAUCGUCCGUCUCAGGGACGUCAGCGCGUUGGCCUUGUUUGUGGAGUCCCACGACAUGAAGCGGUUCCUCAACAUGCAGCCCGACUGGACCCUCUUCACCAAUGCGCUCACAUGGAUACUCGCCGCCGACAACAUUCCCAUCGUCUACUACGGCUCCGAGCAGGCAAUGACUAACGGUACGGUCAGCGGGAAAUGGGAAGGAGACGCACAUUUCGGGGGGAAGGAUGUGUAGGUGUGGGUGUGGGUGUGUGUUGCUAUCAGGUCAUCGAGAGCCGCUGUGGUACAAGGGCUAUGACCAGGAGGCCGUCUACUACGAGCUAAUCAGGCGGAUGAUCACACACAGGGUCGCAGGGGUGUUCGACGGACCACAGCAAGAGAGACACGUACGCAGGACAUCCAUGAACACCCCAAACACACCUUGCCCACUUCGCCGUCUCUGCAGGUAGAGGAUUGGCUGUACGUGUAUUCCCGCAACAACACCCUAGUCGUCACGUCCAACCUCGGCUCCGGCAAGGGUAACCAGCGGUUCAUCCCCACGGCCGAGCUGCCCCCCUCCUACACCAAAGACACCGUCCUCUGCAAUGUCCUCACCGACACGUGCGACACGACCGUGCAGGCCGGCGGGCUAGAGGUGGUCAUCCACAAUGGGCAGCCACUCGUGCUGGUGCCGCAGGAGCAGUUGAUCCCCUACACCGAGCCGGAGAUAUUCGGGGAGGCGCCGAUUGACGACGACAGUGAGGAGAGUGAGGAGAGUGAGGAGAGUGAGGAGGGUGUGGGUGUGGAUGAGGGCGGAGAUGACGGUGGGUACGAGUACUACGGCGAUGGGGCGUAUGGAGACUACUAUGGCGCCUCGCAGGCCCCGCUGGUCGACGAGUACUACGGCGACCUGCAGAAGGAGAUCGACGAGGUCCUGCAGGAGCAGGAGGGAGACAUCACCACCACCAUUUCCAGCACCCCUCUCCCCACCAGCAGCAGCAGCAGCACCACACCCAUUCCAACCGAUGGCAUCAUGGCCACCCAACGGACAGCCGAUGACAUCCCAACAUUAGCGCCCAUCGACAUGGAGGAGGAGGAACAACAAGAAGACGAGGAGGACGGCAGCAGCACCGACACAGCAACAGAGACCGACGGAGACGGAGACGGAUGGGCCACCCGCGGGUUAGAGGAGCACUGCUUCGAGUAUGCUGACUACCUGGGCAACGACGUAGGCGGCGUGAAGGUGUCAUCGCCCAAGGGGUGUCAGCUGGCGUGUCAGGAGGACGACCGUUGUCUGUUCUUCACCUAUUUGCCGCGGUUCACGGAGAUGUCGAGUGUCAACUGCUGGCUCAAGGCCACCGACCAAGGGAGGGUAAUCAGGUGGGGCGGCGACACCCCAUCCGUCUCGGGGCCCAAGACAUGCCGUAUGCCCUGCACACACACACACACACACAGACACACAGACAGAGAGACAGACCGAGAGGGAGGGCGGCAGGGAUGGAUGAAUGGAUGUGUGUGUGUGUGUGGUGUGUGCAGCCACGAGCAGUGUGGUUGGUGUGGAGAUGUCAGUGGAGGACGACAACGGCCCCAGCAUUCCCAGGGAGAUACCCCCUGACCCUGGUUAGUCGAGCAAAGAGACACCACUGGUUGACUCAUCGAUGAGUGUUGUGUUGUGUUGUGUGUGGUGUGGGUGCAGCGUACAUGGCAUCUUUGCGGAAGAGGCAACAGCAGGGCGGCAGCACGUGAAGGAGUGAGAAGGAAGGGACGGCUGGAGGGAUUCAAUCAUUGCCCUCCCUGCCCCGAGAGAGACAUCAUGUCAUUGUCAUGAGGUGUGCGGCGAACGUUUUUUGCAAACUGUCUGUCUGUCUGUCUGUCUGUGUGUGUUCAUGUGAUGAGCUGUGUGUACCUCUCCACACACACAUGUCUAUGAGUGCGCGUGUGUGUGAAUGCAUGGCGGUGCCCUUCGUCCCGUCCCGCCCUUUGUAUGUAUGUCUUCAUAUUUGUUUGUCUGUGCACACCACACACAUGUGGGUAAGUAUCUACAUAUCAUGCAUUGUGUUGGCUGGUUGGUUGGUUCGUCAGCAUUGGUAUUGACAUUGGUGUCGGUGUCAGCAUUGGUAUUGCUAGGUAGAGUGUUUAAUCUAAUCUGCUGCGGAGCACGACAGACACGACCUGCGCAGGUACCUAUCUCUCUAUCUCUUUACUUGUGUGGCUCCUGAGUGCACUGCACUCACUGCACAUGUUCUGUACGUCGUGUGCGUGUCCAUCCAUCCAUCCACCACAGACAUCCAUUUUAAUUCAUGCGUGUGCUCGUCUCGCCUGCGUCCAUGACACACAUCCCUGGCAUAUGCACUCACUGCCACACACCUGACUGACGUGCAUGACUCAAGGUUCCAUCC